GAAGAAGGGUCCCAUCAUACGGCUGUACUUAAUUGACGACUCUCCCUUUUUAUUAACCUCUUUUGACACAUUGUCGCCCGCGGCCGCGCACAGUCCCAUCGGUCUUCUUUCACGUCAAACCAUUAUUCGCUAUCAAUCAACACUCUUAUCUCAGGCGUUGUCUACCUGCAGGCUCAAAACCUUUCGAACCAGCGCAACAAGCAAUAAAGCAAGCUUGAUUGCAGAUUGCAGCCCACUCCGAUCAUCAACGAAAAAAGAAGUGGAAAAGUCCACCUGCUUACGACAUAUUACCCUUUCCAAAAACGCGAUCGACCGCAAAUUAACGAGCGACACCAACGCUUUGACCUUUCCAUCUCUCUUUCCCGUGUCGAUCCCAGCCCCCAUGAUUGUAACAGUUUUGUGAUCGAUUUUUCAUAUCGACGGUGAUUUGACUCCUUUCAAUCGCGUUGCCACCACCUCUCGUUAUCCUCCCAUCAUUUUUAUCUGCGGACGAUCCAUUUGAUCGUACCUAUCAUCCAUCUUUUAUCUCUUAAUUCGGCCUUUUUUCCGGAUUUUACACCACCGCCGCCAUAUCAAGUCUCACAUCAACGGGCCGACUCUGGAGGCAGCAGAGCAGAGACAGAGGGUCAAAAGGCAGAAAAUCCAAGUAGUUCGCCACCAUAAGAAGGGAGAAUCAGAUCUUAUUGAUAUUUGCUAUUGGUGCUCGGGACUCUGUUCAGAGCGAUCAAGUAAGCCCAGCGUUGAAGUUCGAGCACAGAGUGCCUAGCAGCUCCCUCGGUAUGGUCUCUGUGGAACAGUACAGAUCUCAACGAACAUCAUAUUACCCUCCGCCUCAUUCGCCCACAUACGUAUCACCCACCAGUACGGCAUCGCCUGUCUCAGGUGCUCCCAUUUUUACUUUCCCAUUCCAACAACCAGACAUCUCGUCCCCAGUAGGCAAGAUGGCUCGACGUCCAUCCCGCGCUGAUCCUAUGGUAAGAACGGAGGAUGACAUGUAUGAAGAGGAUGAUGGCUACGGGGAGCUUGGACAGAGACAUCCUUUGAGACGAGGGAAGGAAGAUAUGAGGGAGGAAAUAGAGGCGAGACCUGGACACGAAGUGAAUCUGACUCGGAUUCGAGAACGCGGAGAAGGUAUGAGCCUGCCUGGAAUCAAGACCUUGCUUGGCGUAAAGGAACAUCCGUCCGGAUCAUCGUCUCUCUAUCAUUCACCAUCGCUCCCGUCAUUGGAAACAAAUUCUCCUACAACUUCUCCUUCUUCCGCACGCACUUCUAGGUUUUCUUCUUUUACAUCGUCCACUGUACCCGAGCUGUCAGCUCCCGGGUGGUGGGCACCUGAAUUCGAGAGAAGCCCCUUCCACGCCGUCCCCUCCCGCUCCGACUCCUUUUCCAGCGCACAACUUCACAUCGUUGACGAACACGAUCAAAAACGUCGUCGUUCGGACGUUCCUCCUCUUCGUGAUGUUGAGGAGUCUGCCAGAUUAAGAUGGCAGGCUCAAAGCAGAAACGCAUCCUUCCCUUCCUCAUCACCACAUUCCUCUGGUCGUACUACACCCACCAGCUGGUCAUCAAUGAGAAACCGCCUGCAUCCUCCAAUUUCUUCGUCCCCUAGUGUGGCGACCGUCAUGGGUCGGGGAUCAAUAUCAAGUACAUCUGGCGCAAUGUCACCGCCCAUCACUCGUCGAGCUAGUCCAAGUUCGAGAAAUCCAAGUUUGGUGGGUGGACAACUAUCAAGACAUUUUGCAGACCUUUCAGCUACAGACAGCCAGCGGGGUUCAAUAUCUGGUGCAGCUGGCCCGCCAGAAAGACGAAUAUCUGUCCAAGCACCUUCAAGUACCACCCCCAUCGACCUAGAUCGUGCACCUAUCUUGCCCCCAUUAAUAUCUCCUGAAAAUGAAAGGCCCUCUAUGCCAUCUGCGUCUUUUUCUCUCCCAUCUAUACGGCGGUCUUCGUCUACAUCUUCGGACUGCCUACGGCGGCAUUCCAACACUCAACCUACAACGCCUGAUACGACAGGGCAGCCUGAAGUUCGUCGCUCAUCACUGACGGAGAUCAUCAUGGCGAGGAGUGGGGAUCAUAUUGCGAUGAAAGAAGGGCGGUAUGCUUUCUCAACUGAAGAGCGGCAUGGGAGCUUGGGAAUGGAGAAACGUGCGGAAACUGCACUUGGUCUUGCGCCUAUCCCGCUUCAAUCCAAAACUUCAGUUCAGUCACUUGCUGGAACGAGCAGCGAUACGCCCGCCUGGAACCCUCAAGGAAGACGAGAGUCUACCGAAUCAAUAUCGUCCGCCACAGCUCAUCUCGCUAUCAACUCUGAAGCUGAACGCGAGCGUACUGCAUCUCUUCGGGGUCGAAAGCGAUCGGCAGACAUGCGCGAUGAUAGUGAGCCCAGGGCAGAUCCGUCUCUUGUUGGAGUCGGUGUCAGUGUCAAUGUUGGUGCUGGGGAUCCAGGUUUACGAGGGAUGGAAGUAUUGGCAGAAUCUGCAAGGAGAAUUGCUGCUGCAGAAGAGGAACAAAAGGCGAAGAAUGUGGAGGAAGAAGAGGUUGAAGAGGCUCAGGAGAAGGAUGAGGUGCCAGAGAAGACUGGAGGGCCCAAGUAUACUUGUACUUAUUGUGUCAAGACGUUCUCAAGGCCUAGCUCCCUGAAGAUACAUACCUACAGCCACACUGGUGAAAGGCCGUAUAUCUGUAACGAAGCUGGGUGCGGGCGCCGUUUCUCUGUGCAAUCCAACCUCAAGCGUCACGCCAAGGUGCAUCAAGUUGGACCAUUAGGUGUUAGCGCUCCUGAACCCUCAGUCCCUCCUACAAAAGCUUCCAAACAACCUACACAUCCUUCCAAACCUAAUGAACAUUCAUCUCCACACCCGCCCCCAUUACACCAUCAUCAAUCGCAUCAUCGAAUGGCUCAGCCUCUCCCGCCCCCUGUGAUGUCCGGCCCUAUGCCUCCUCCAGGGGGCUAUCCUUUCUUCCCUCCGAGUUAUCCGCCCUUAUCAAUGAAUGCCAUGCCCGGCCCGCCUCCACCGGGGAGCACUCCCGGAAUGGCGCCACCGCCGGGGUAUUAUAUAGAUGGAAGGUAUGCGGUCGCUCCACCUCCGCCAACUAAUGGGAUGCCUCAUGGAGGAUAUGUGCAGUAUGAUAUGCCAGUGCCAACGCACGAUGGGAAGGAUGAAAGUGGAAGAGAUAAUGGGAAGGGAAAGGAGAAGAGCAGAAAGAGUAAUUCGAAGGAAGAGUAGAAAAAUUUCAUCAAAUAGAGGAAAUCCGUGUUUUAGAUCCUCUGGAGCUCCAAGGUGUAGACGAUCAUUGUAUAACAUUUAGUGGUUUCGUUAUUCAUUUGUCUGUUUGGGCCAUAGUAUAUAUCCCCCCGUAUAGAAUGACAAGUUUACGCCAAGCCUUCUGUAUCCUUUUUUUGUGUUGAUCAUCGAAUGCAUCUCGGUACAGCAAAUGACAGCCAUCACCUCAUCAUAUGCAGCAACAACGAGCUGGUUUUUCAAACUGAAUCUUGAGUGGGCGUUUCAUUAGUAGCUGCUCACCACAACUGUGGACGAUCUUCUCGAAACCUCCCCACUGCGUUUCCAACGUCGUCGUAUUGGCUCUGAUCUGUGGGUACCGAACUCUGUGGAUUACUGUGCUGUGCUGUCCCUCCCGACAAGAAAAAAAUUCACCAAGCUCGGAUGGCACCGCUCCCAUCCCUUUUUGACUGAUGAAUUAGAUUACAACGAACAGUAAGGAUGAUUGCACGACGGUACAUGAUCAAACGACAGCCCCGCUUUGUAUGCACGCCCCUUCCGUACAUACCCGCGUGGGCUCG